AUGAUGGUAAGCUCUCAUUUGAAGAGUUCCAGAAUUACUUUGCUGAUGGGGUUCUUAGCCCAGGGGAGCUGCGGGAGCUAUUCAGCAGCAUUGACGGUCAUCUCACCGACAAUUUAGAAACAGAGAAACUGUGUGACUACUUUUCCAAACACCUGGGUGUCUAUCGGCCUGUGUUGGCUGCGCUGGAGUCACUGAAUCGUGCAGUGCUCACCGCCAUGGACACCACAAAGCUGGUAUGGUGGCUCACACCUGUAAUUCCAGCAAUCAGGAAGAAGCAAGAGGAGCUCAAGAGUGAAUCCAGCCUGGGCCAUAGAGUGUGAUCCUGUCUCAAAAGAAAAGGAGUCAGCUGUGGUGGCG